UGUGUUUAUGUAGAAAAUAGGGUAAAAAAAAUUAACUAGUAGGAUCAUAUCUGUUAUUCCGUUUAUGCACCUGUUGCUGAAUGUAAUACCAGCACAGAUCGCAGGGUGGCGUGAAUUCACCACCAGCACAUAAGUGACUGACUGUAAAUAAAAUAUCGUCCUGUGGGAGAAGUUGACAAAGAGAGCGUGCAUCUCUCUUUGGACUAUUCAUAACAUUUAUUCGUCGACAUUUUGGUUUCAGAUCAGCUCUAGAGACACGGAUUCGUUGGACGGAAAGGAUCGUGAUUCCGGGCUGAGGAGGACACUGAAGCAUUGACUGUCCAUCAAAGUCAUCUUCAGGGGUGGAAAUUCUUAACAUAGUCCCGGGUGAUGAGAAGGAUCACUAAAUGUGACUAUUGUUCGUGUCCUGGCACACAUGUGCCGGAUGCAUCCCCAUCACUUUCAAGAUGAUGUCAGGUUGUCGUGGUAACACAGGGCAGCAGAGGCCGUCUGCCGAAGCUUGAGUCUGUCCCAGAAUGCACCAGCUCUUUCGUCUAGUGUUGGGUCAGAGGGACCUGUCCCGUGCCGGAGAUCUCUUCUCUUUGGAUGACUGUGAGAUUGAAGACUGUCUGUCUGAAGCCCUGGAGGAAAUCAAAAUCAUAUCCUGCUCUCCAGACUACCUGACCAAUGACAACGAUCAGGCGGUGGUGGAGAUCUGCAUCACUCGCAUCACUACAGCCAUCAGGGAGACAGGUUCAAUCGAGAGGCAUGGAGCAGCUCUCGUGUCACUGUGGGAGUCGUGUCUCGAGCAUAACCUCCAGCCACAGGGUAAAGAUGAAGACACACCGCAUGCCAAGAUCGCCUCUGACAUCACCAGUUGCAUACUGCAGAACUACAAUAGGCCUCCAGUGAUGGCGCUGGCCGUGCCUGUGGCGGUUCGAUUCUUGCAGCAGGGGAACCAAGAGCUGAGCAGAAACAUGUCCAGCUACUUGUCACUGGCUGCCAUUGCUAAAGCUGAACUUCUGGCCCAACACACGCAGGCCAUCACACGCAGCGUUCUGGGAGGUAACUCCAUGCUGUUGAGGGUGCUGCCAUCUUUGUAUCCACGACAACCGGAGCCCAUCCACCAUCACGUGCGCGAACUGACUGCGCUGAUGUCACAGCUGGACCAGACCGGCAGACAGCAUCUGAUCCGACUGCUGCAGAUGAUCUCUGACCUUAACCCUCUGGUAUUGUCUGCUUUGGUGCCGUCUUUGAUUGGUUACCUCAGCGACUGUGAUCUGGGUGAUGCUGUACUGAGCGUGUUGGUGAAUGUGGCUCAGUCCAGCCCCUCAUCCCUCGCACCCUUCCUGUCAAUGCUGAGAGGUGUGGGUCAACAGAACCCUGCGCUGCUUGGACACAUCGCUAAGAUCCAUGGAGCAGUGGGUCAAACCUGUGAGGCACAAGCUCGUGGGGCGCUGCAGUAUCUGGUGUCUCUGUUGGAGAGUAUGGAGCACAGCGUCCAUCACACACUGCUGCUAGAGAUUCGCUCUCUGACCGAUCGCUACACCUCCAUACUGGGGGGCGGAGGCAAAGACAUCUACCGCAUGAGCAACAGUUUCACAGCCAUCGCUCGACUGCUGGGACGCAAGCUGGAGGCUGAAAGUCCAGCGCCCAGAAGAGAGGAGAAGGUCCAUGAAAUGACCAGACCAUGUGAAGUUAAGUUUAAUUCUGACGUCUUCACCGAAGACCAGCGGCUGCAGGUGAAGAUCCAGGGCUUUGAGGAGAAGUUGGAUGAUGAGAAGGUGGAGUCUGAGGAAGAGGACGUGUCUCCAGGGCAUCAGAGACGUCACAGUCUGUGCCAGGCAGCACGAGACGAGCGCAGAGAGAUGAGGUUCAACAGGUCAAAGAGUCUGGCUCUUCACGUCGUCCGCACACGAUCCAUUAACUCUGACAGCAGCCCAGAGGGUGAGGGGGUGGAGCUUAAUCCAGAACCUGAUCCAUGUGUGACCAAUCCCAGCCCAGAGACCAGCUCUGCCCCCUCAUCUCCACAGGAAAACCACGCCAGCACCACAGAGACCAAACAAGACACAAUUCCAAAGAACGAGGGGCAAACGGUAGAAGCUGGAGAUCCCCGGGAGGGAGAUCGCCUGUGGACCCACCUCCGAGACAACAUGGAGGAAAUUAAAACCUUCUGUGCGGAAAUGAUCAAACAAAUCCCUAUACCUGACCAAUGUGUCAUUGAAGAGUCACAGCGUGGUUAUGUAGCUAAGCUGUCAUUCUCUUGUCCAAUGAAAGGACAUUAUUGCCUGUAUGGGAAGUCCAGUUUCUCCUUAUACAGCCGUCAACCGCACCUCUGGAUCCAAAUCAUGCUGCUCACUCUGCAGAGCAAAAUGAGUGAGGUGCUGUGCUCUCAGGAUGAAUGUGUUCAACAGUUAAAGAGACUGUGGGAGAAAACACAGCUGACAGGAGCUCACAGCUUUGAGCUGGCCAUCACCCAGACUGCUGUUCCUCACAAGAAGGAUGUGGACAGUUUGCAGAUCUUUCUGGAAGAAGUGCGUUUCUUUGAUCUGUUCAGCUACAGUGAGGAGGAGGGCGGCUGGCUCUGUUUCAUGUGCAGUAACCCUGAAAAGGCCACAGGUGUUAAUCAGGAUGGUCAGCCGCUCAUUGAAGGCAAGCUGAAGGAAAAACAGGUGCGCUGGAAGUUCAUCAAAAGGUGGAAAACGCGUUACUUCACUCUGGCUGGUAACCAGCUUCUCUUCAGAAGAGGAAAAUCAAAGGACGAGCUGGACAACAGCACAAUUGAACUGAGCAAAGUUCAAAGCGUCAAGGUUGUUGCAAAGAAGAGACGCGACCGCGGGCUGCCCAGGGCCUUCGAGAUCUUCACCGAUAGCAAGACCUACGUGCUGAAAGCUCAAGAUGAGAAACAUGCGGAGGAAUGGCUCCAGUGCAUCAAUGUGGCCGUAGCCCAAGCCAAAGAGCGAGAGAACCGGGAGGCCACCACGUACCUGUGACGCAUCACGCUCAUACCAACUUAACACUUCAUCAAACGUCUCUUGUGGUUCUUCACUGGCAUAAUCCUGCAUAGAUGGUCAGUUACUGUCACUGUCCACUUUGGUGAUGGACAUAUAAAAGGCCAAAAAUGGGGCGCUAUUUGUGAGCACCCUUUUGAAUCGUCACUGACAAACGGUGCACAUCUCAUGGAUUUAACGUGAAGUGAAGUGUAUAUUUGGGACACGACCAAAGGGAAGACUGACGUUUAAACUGAAUGAUGUGGACACAUACCUGUGCUACACUUCAUCCUGAAGAUCAUUUUAUGGAAGUAUUAAUAGUAUUUGGAAUUAUUUAGCCGGCUUUCCACUGCACACGACAAACGACGGCCGAUAAGCCGGAAGUCAUUCAUUUCCUAUGGAGAGUCGCAAAGUGAGGUGCCGACCAUCUGCGGAUGCGUAAAUAUCGGAUCCGUUUUGAGCGUUGGAUUUGUUCAAAAAAUUGAACUUGUGCGACUAAACCGCAUGCAAUAUGCCGACCGGAAUUUAUGAUUUUCAUUGUAUUCCAAUCACAAAGUGUGUGUGAGUUGAAAAUUAUUAAUCCUUUUGGUUUAACUUUAUUAGUAACACUUGAAUCCUUAAAAAAACACUGUUGAUUACUGAUAAGUAAUACAUUAUUAAUUUAAUUUGUGUACGUUAUUAUUUAAUCUUGUCUAUAUAUGUUCUCUCCAAAAAAAUAUUUGCAAUCUUUGUCAUAUAUGCAUAGCUGUUUUUUGUUUCGUUCAUUUGCGUUCAUUUAUUUUAUUAUUUCACCAUGGUAAACAUAUUAGAAUGAACCUUUGGCGCUGGAAUGAGCUUCUCUCCCAUAUACGAUUAAACUGAAACUUCAUUACGACUGCCACUAGGGGGAGAACUCCGACUGUCGUUUCCGUAUGUCGUGUGCAGUGGAAAGGCGGCUUUUGGGAUCAUAUGAUGUGUCUUCAAGAAAACAGCAGGACAUGUUUGUAAUAAUAACUGUGCGGUCAGUAUCUGUAAAUGUAGAAACUGGUAGGCUAUAUUACUGCCAGUUCCAAUGACAGACUUUUAAUAGCAAUAAUAAUGUGAAAUAUUUAAUUUUCAAUUAUAAAUAGUUCACCCAAAAAAAUGAAUAUUCUGUCAUAAUCGUCAUGUUGUUGUAAACCUGUAUGAUUUUUUUUCUGAUGAACACAAAAGAUAAAAGUUUGAUAAAUGAUGGUAAGCACACAACUGACAGUAACCAUUGACUUCCAUAGUAGGAAAAACUAAAUAUUUUGGAUGUAUUGUGAUAAAUGAUGAAGAAGAUAUUUUAAUAAAUGAUGGUAAGCACACUGUUGAUGGUACCCACUGAAUUACAUCGUAUUUGUUUUUUCUACUAUGGAAGUCAAUGGUUCCAAUCAGCUGUGUGCUUACCAUCAUUUAUCAAAAUAUCUUCUUUGUGUUAAUCAGAAAAAAGACAUUCAAACAGGUUUAUAACAACAUGAUGAUGAGAAAAUAAUGACAGAAUUUUCUUUUUUGGGUGAACUAUCCCUUUAAAAGUGACAACAACAACAAGUGCCUUAGUGCUGGGCAAAGAUUAAUCGCGAUUAAUCGCAUACAAAAAAGUGAUUUUUGGCCUAAUACUUUAUAUGAGUGAGUGCUGUGUGUAAUUAAUAUGUAUAUUUAACCACACACACAUACAUAUAUUUAUUUCAGAAGUUUUUUAUUGCUAUAUAUAUAUAUAUAUAUAUAUAUAU